AUGCUUUCUGGAAAAACUGCAAUAGAGUCUGCUUAUGGUCGCGGUGUACUUGACGAGUAUUUCAUUUCUGAAGAUUAUCAAUAUCCAACUCAUAUUUCUCUUAUGAAAAUAAUAAUGAAUGAUGACGUUAAAGAAUUUAUAUCAUACAUCGAAUUAAAUUUUCCUCAGAAAGAUAGCACAUAUCAUUACCGAAUUGAAGAUUUCUUUAAUUAUUGUAGCUAUUAUGGUGCAGUUAAUUGUUUUAAGCAUUUAAGUACAAUCCAUGGCCCAACAAGGUUAUACAAUUGUCUAUAUUAUUCAUUUUUAGUGGAAAUCCAGACAUCAUGA